UAGGUCAGUAGAUGGUUUUGGUCGCUGGUGGAUGUUUGGGUCUUUAUGCACUAAUCCUGAUAAACCCUCUGUGGUCCUUGCAGGUAUAGGCCUCGCUCUGAUCGCUGCAGUAAAAGGAUAUCGUUGUAUUAUUACCAUGCCUGAGAAGAUGAGCAUGGAGAAGGCGGAUGUGUUGAGAGCUCUUGGGGCAGAGAUUGUGCGGACACCGACCUCUGCAUGUUUUGAUUCACCAGAGUCUCAUUUAGGCGUGGCUUGGGAACUAAAAAACACAAUCCCCAACUCACACAUCCUUGACCAAUAUCGCAAUCCCAGUAACCCCCUGGCUCAUUAUGACACCACAGCGGAGGAGAUACUGGAGCAAUGUGACGGUAAAGUGGACAUGUUGGUGGUUGGAACUGGGACAGGUGGGACACUCACUGGAGUUGCUCGGAAGUUGAAAGAAAGGUGCCCCAGUGUAAAGAUAGUCGCAGUGGAUCCUGAAGGCUCCGUUCUACUUGGAUCAGAAGAAAAUGAUGAAAACAAGAAGAAUUCAUUUGAAGUGGAGGGCAUUGGAUAUGACUUUAUCCCUACAGUGUUGGACAAAUCUCUUGUUGACAUGUGGUAUAAAUCCAACGACAAGGAGGCUUUUAUCAUGUCACGGAAGCUGAUCAGGGAGGAGGGUCUUCUGUGUGGGGGCAGCUCUGGAUCAGUCAUGGCAGCAGCAGUGACGAUGGCUCAGCAGCUAAAGGAGGGUCAGCGCUGUGUUGUUAUCCUGGCUGACUCUGUUCGCAACUAUAUGUCAAAGUUCCUCAGUGACCGGUGGAUGUGUGAGAAAGGUUUCCUCACUCCAGAGGCUCCGAUGGAUCACCAACCCUGGUGGUGGAAGCGGACUGUCCAGUGUCUCCAUCUGUCUGUCCCCCUUACUAUCUCACUGUCUGUGACCUGCCAGAAAACCAUUGAGAUCCUGAAGGAGAAAACGUUUGAUCAGGCUCCAGUUACAGAUGAGUCUGGUGGGAUCCUGGGGUCGGUGACUCUGGGGACCCUCCUCUCCUCUCUCCUGUCUGGGAAGCUCAUACCCUCAGAUCCGAUCUGCAAAGUGCUCUGCAAGAAUUUCAGACCGGUCCACCUGACAGAUGACCUGGGAAAGCUGUCACACAUUCUGAAAAAUGAACACUUUGCCCUGGUGGUUCAUGACCACACACAAUAUAAGGCUGAUGGUUCGGCUUCUCAGAUGCAGAAGUUGUUGGCCGUUGUGACUGAGAUUGACCUCCUCAGCUACAUCACCACACAUGAGGAGCAGGAUUCAGCCUCGCUGGAAUCCUCACUGUUUUAACGUGGCCGGUGUCAUUCUGCUGAUCAGUUAACAACACAGAAGCACCGGUGUUUAACCAUAAAUCAUGUGCUUUCACAGUUUUGAUCCACAGCCGUGAAGAUGAUUUAUCAACUUUUAUUUUUGUUCAACAUAAGCAAUAGGAUACACAGUUAUACAUAGUUGGUCUUUAUACUCACAGAGCUGAAUAUUCAAUCAUUAGCCUUGCCAAAGCCUUGCCUUCCUUCACUUAUUAAGUCAUAAAUUUACAUUGAUUGUUAUUCUGCUCACCUGUCAGCUGAUUCAGAAGGGCCUUUUAACAUCUACAGAACCAGUAUAUUCAUCUAAUAACAUGUAACUGCUCAGCUUUAGAUUUUUCAAGUCUGAAAUAACAUGUACAGACUGUUUACCCUGAUUCAUA